GCUCGGAAUCUUUUACAACAGAAGAAAGUGACAUCAACAGCUUUAGUCAAAGAUUGUUUUUCCCAAAUAACGGAACAUAAUUCUCAUUUGAAUGCAUUCAUAAAAGUGCAAAAUGAAAGCGUGGUAUUAGAAAAGGCUAAAGAAGCAGAUGAUAGAUUUAUUAAAG